GUCAUCUGUGCUGUAAAAAUUCAAUUUUAUACAUCGCUGUUAUUACAAAAUGCUAACAAACACGUAAUUUUUAGAUUUAUAAUUACAUACAGAAAACUAUGAUAAUUUAAAUUAGAGUGCAGUGAUAUCAGUGACAUAAUUCCUUCUCAAAAAAUAAUUACCUAAAAGAAAAAUGUUCGAAAUGUCUAAUAAGGAAUCAUACAUGAAGAACGACAGUGAGCAUAAUUCAUCUGACUCAGAAUUGGAUGAAGAUGAGGAUCCUGAUAAAAUUGAAGUACCAGGUGGCGGGAAGACUUUGGCAGCUUCAGCCAAUUUGCCACGAACUGAUAUUAAGCCUGAUCCAUUUGCAAACUUUAAGUCUUCUCCUAAAAUACCGGGAGGAUUGGUCACAAAAGGCAAUACUCCACCAGGUUAUGAAAUGGUCAGAAUGCCAGGGAUAGGCAAUUCUCCUUUUGGGAUGGGUGCUGGUUAUAUGCCACAAACUCAACCUGGUCAAAUGGCACCAAAUGCCGGACCAGGAAUGUCACCAUUUUUUCAGCAAAAUAUGAACCCAAUGGCUGCGUCUUUGCUCGCGCAGAUGGAAAUGUCAGGGUUAAUGGGAAUGGGCGGUAUGAAUCCGCUGCUCUUACAAAAUCUGAGCAGUAUUUUAGCUCAGCCAAAUUUUCCAUUGAAUCAACUAUCCAACCUUGUUAACAUGAAUAAUUUUGGAGUCGGUAACAUGCAGAAUCCUUGGAUGCAAAAUGUUCCUGGAAAAAUGGUGUCUCAUAUGUGGGGCGAAGGCAAUAAAAUGCAUACUCAAGAAGAAGAAGAAGGAGACGAUGAAGAAAUGGGUGUUGCGGAAACAUAUGCAGAAUAUUGGCCAGCAAAACUUAAGCUGGGCAAAAAACAUCCUGAUCCAGUUGUUGAGACUGCAUCAUUGUCCUCUGUCGAGCCAGCAGAUAUUAAAUAUCAACUUUCUAUACCAAAAGAAACAAUUGAAACAGGACAACUUAGUGCUUUACAAUUAGAAUCUAUUACAUAUGCAUCUCAGGCGCAUACACAUAUUUUGCCUGAUGGCACAAGGGCUGGAUUUUUGAUAGGUGACGGUGCUGGUGUCGGCAAAGGUCGGACUAUAGCUGGUGUAAUUUUUGAAAACUACAUGAAAGGUCGUAAAAAAGCUAUUUGGGUUUCUGUGUCGAAUGAUUUAAAAUACGAUGCGGAAAGGGAUCUUAAAGAUAUUGGUGCUAGCAAAAUAGAAGUACAUCCGUUAAAUAAGUUUAAAUACGCAAAAAUAUCAUCGCCCGUAAACGGUAAUGUGAAAAAAGGUGUCAUAUUUUCCACAUAUUCAGCAUUGAUUGGUGAAUCCAGUUCUGGAGGCAAAUAUAAAACUAGACUCAAGCAGUUGUUGCAAUGGUGCGGAGAAGAUUUUGACGGACUUAUUGUGUUUGAUGAAUGUCAUAAAGCAAAAAAUCUAUGUCCCGUGGGUUCAAGUAAACCAACAAAAACUGGCCUAACUGCUUUAGAAUUGCAGUCAAAAUUACCAAAAGCUAGAGUCGUCUAUGCUUCUGCGACAGGUGCUUCUGAGCCAAGAAAUAUGGCUUAUAUGGUUCGAUUAGGCAUUUGGGGAGAAGGUACUCCGUUUCCUUCAUUCAAUGAUUUUAUUGCAGCCGUUGAGAAAAGAGGUGUUGGUGCAAUGGAGAUUGUUGCCAUGGACAUGAAAUUAAGAGGGAUGUACAUAGCGAGACAGCUAAGUUUCCACGGUGUAGGGUUUAGAAUUGAAGAAGUACCUUUAUCGAAAGAGUUCACGAAAACUUAUGAUAUGGCUGUGAAAUUAUGGGUAGAAGCUAUGCAGAAAUUCACUGAAGCUGCAGAAUUGAUUGAUGCUGAAAAUAGAAUGAAGAAAACUAUGUGGGGGCAGUUUUGGUCGUCUCAUCAAAGAUUCUUUAAAUAUCUUUGUAUAGCAGCAAAGGUUAAUCAUGCAGUAGUUGUAGCAAGGGAGGCUGUCAAAUGUGGUAAAUGUGUAGUUAUUGGUUUACAAUCCACUGGAGAAGCUCGAACAUUAGAACAAUUAGAACGAGAUGAUGGAGAGUUGAAUGACUUUGUUUCAACAGCUAAAGGUGUCUUACAAAGUUUAGUUGAAAAGCAUUUUCCUGCUCCUGACCGAAGUAGAAUUCAUAGAUUAUUAGGCAUUGAGUUACCUGCCGCUAAAAAAUCUGGUGCUAGCGUCAGCAAGCCUGCAGAUAAUGAAAUUGCAGGUGGAUCAAGUGGGAAGAGGAAGCCAAUGAGACAAGCUGCUGCCAGAGCAGCUAAAAGGACAAGAAGAUCCUCUUCAGAUAGUUCAAAUUUUGACUCUGACAUAGAACAAAUGAGAAGUUCUGAAUCCGAAUAUAAAAUGACGGGAAGUGACAGUGCUGAGAGUGAUCAUCAAUAUGACAGCAAUCAAAGUAGUGACUUCAACCCAUUCGAGAGUGAUUCUGAUAGUGAUGCUGAUCCAUGGGUUAGUGGGCGCAGUAAAAAGAAAGGAAGGAAAGCUAAAAAGCCAGCUAAGAAAAGACCAACGACGCAGGAUAAAAUACAAGAACUUUUAACAAGAAAAAAUGAUGCUGUUAAAAAUUCAAAUAUGAAGUUUUCCAAUGGCAGCGUGCUGCCCGGAGUUUAUGGUCAGCCAACACCACAAGCACCCCCCAAGGAUGCUAUUGAAAGAGCUUGUACUAUGAAGGAGGAAUUACUGGCACAGAUUGAGAAACUCGGUGAAAGGCUACCUGCAAAUACUUUGGAUCAACUUAUUGAUGAGCUAGGUGGGCCUGAAAAUGUGGCUGAGAUGACUGGUCGCAAAGGUCGAGUCGUUCAAACAGAAGAUGGUCAAAUUCUUUAUGAAUCUCGGUCUGAAGUGGACGUACCUUUAGAGACUUUAAAUUUAACAGAAAAACAACGAUUUAUGGAUGGCGAAAAGGAUGUGGCUAUUAUUUCAGAAGCAGCAUCCAGUGGUAUCUCGUUGCAGAGCGAUCGACGUGUUAGAAAUCAACGAAGGCGGGUACACAUUACUUUGGAACUGCCUUGGUCGGCCGAUAGGGCUAUACAACAGUUUGGACGAACACACAGAUCCAACCAGGUUAACGCGCCUGAAUACAUAUUUUUAAUUUCCGAUUUGGCAGGAGAGAGACGUUUUGCUUCUACGGUAGCUAAAAGAUUAGAAUCUUUAGGAGCGUUGACACAUGGCGACAGACGCGCCACCGAAUCAAGAGAUUUGUCACAAUUUAAUAUUGAUAAUAAGUAUGGCAGGAGCGCUUUGGAAGCUACAAUGAAAACGAUAAUGAAAUAUGAAGCACCUUUAGUGCCGCCUCCUCAAGAUUACAAAGGAGACUUCUUCAAAGACGUUGCCGAUGCUUUGGUGGGAGUUGGACUUAUUGUCAAUAGCGAAGCUAUGCCAGGCGUGCUGUCUUUAGACAAAGAUUACAAUAAUAUAUCCAAGUUUUUGAAUAGAAUUUUAGGUAUGCCUGUUGAAUUGCAGAAUAGAUUAUUUAAAUAUUUUACGGACACACUAACAGCGAUCAUAACACAAGCAAAGAAGUUAGGACGAUUUGAUCUGGGAAUUCUAGAUUUGGGUACUGCUGGUGAAAAUGUAAAAAGAAUUAAGCUGUGGAGAUUCCAAAGAAAACAUGCUACUGGUAUUGCACCUACUGAGCUACAUGUUGUACAUGUGGAACGAGGGAUGGCUUGGCAAGAGGCUAUUGAUAAGUGGUCUGAUUUGACAGGGCCGAAAGAAGGUUUCUAUCUAUCACAUCAAAUAAGAAAUGGUAAACAAACUGCAAUUCUUGCCGUAGCUGUGGAUAACAAUUCAAGAAAAAAAACUGAUCUCGUCAAGUCCAAAAAGGAUCAAUUAUAUCAAGUGUAUAGACCGAAUACUGGCUUGCAGUUCAGGAAUGAGACGCUAGGCGAAUUGGAGAAGAAAUAUAAAAAGGUAUCAACAGAUGAUGCCCAGCCCCACUGGACAGAACAGUAUGAAUCUUCAGUGACAACAUGUUCUCAUGCAUACUGGAGAGGCAAUUGUCGAAAUGUCACACUGGGCCAUGAUUGCGAAGUCGGUCUACGAAGGCGUUCCUAUAAUGUGUUAGCUGGAAGUGUACUUAGUGUUUGGGCUCGUGUUGAGAAUGUGUUGCAAUCGAAGAGCGCUCACAAUAACAAAAUGCAAGUCAUACGUUUGAAGACAACGGAAGGUGUUAAAAUUGUCGGUACUCUUAUACCCAAAAUCUGUGUCGAGCCCUUAAAGCAAGCGUUGUCUUCAGAUGCCGAAAAGGUUGAAGAAGAAAACUUUUAAUUAUAAGAAUAUCUUAGCC